CCCGGCCUCUUCCGUGCCCCGCGCGCGUGCGCACUUCCGUAGAGCUCGUGGAGGUUCCCUGGGGUCCGUGUUUUCCAGACCCCGGGCGGGAUCCUCCCGCGGAGGACCUGGCGCUCACGGGGAGGCCGGGGUUAGCCCGCCAUGCGUUGGGGGCUGCACCCGCGCGGGCCGGGGGCGGCGGCUCUGGCCACGGCCCGAAAUCUGUGGGUGCCGCCCCAUCUUCGUUGUCACCCGGGAUGGCGAGGGACGACGAGGAGGCUUUUGGUGCGGUCAGUCACCGGGGCCAGUAACCAGCUGCAGAACUCAAGUAAUGGCAGAUAUCGGGACACAGUGCUGCUGCCGCAGACCAGCUUCCCCAUGAAGCUGCUGGGCCGCCAGCAGCCUGACGCGGAGCUGGAGAUCCAGCAGAAAUGUGGAUUUUCAGAACUUUAUUCAUGGCAAAGAGAAAGAAAAGUAAAGACAGAAUUUUGUCUUCAUGAUGGACCUCCUUAUGCAAAUGGUGACCCACAUGUUGGACACGCUUUAAAUAAGAUUUUGAAGGAUAUAGCCAAUCGAUACCAUAUGAUGAGAGGUUCCAAAAUACAUUUUGUGCCAGGCUGGGAUUGUCAUGGGUUACCCAUUGAAAUAAAAGUAUUGUCAGAACUUGGUGGAAAAGCUCAGAAUCUUUCAGCUGUAGAAAUUAGAGAAAAAGCUAGAUCAUUUGCUGAAGCAGCAAUUGAGAAACAGAGAUCAGCAUUUAUUCGUUGGGGAAUAAUGGCGGAUUGGAAUAAUUGCUACUAUACAUUUGAUGGAAAAUAUGAGGCCAAACAGUUGAGACUUUUCUACCAAAUGUAUGAGAAGGGCUUGAUUUAUCGAUCUUACAAACCUGUGUUUUGGUCUCCUUCAUCAAGGACUGCAUUGGCUGAAGCAGAACUUGAGUAUAAUCCUGAACAUGUCAGUCGCUCAAUAUAUGUAAAAUUCCCUCUCUUGAAACCUUCUCCCAAGUUGGUAUCUCUCAUAGAUGGUUCAUCUCCUGUUAGUUUUUUAGUCUGGACCACCCAACCUUGGACAAUUCCUGCCAAUCAAGCUGUUUGUUAUAUGCCAGACUCAAAGUAUGCUGUUGUGAAAUGUUCCAAAUCUGGGGACCUGUACAUACUUGCUGCAGAUAAAGUAACAUCCAUUGCUUCUGUUUUGGAAACAACACUUGAAGUUAUUUCAACAUUUUCAGGUGUAGAUUUGGAAAAUGGUACUUGUACUCAUCCUUUAAUUCCUGGUAAAGCCUCUCCUCUUUUACCUGCAAAUCAUGUGACCAUGACAAAAGGAACAGGGUUGGUUCACACAGCCCCAGCCCAUGGUAUGGAAGAUUACAGUGUAGCUUCUCAACACAACCUGUCCACGGAUUGUUUAGUGAAUGAAGAUGGAGUUUUCACAGAAGUUGCAGGUCCUGAACUUGAAAACAAGGCUGUCCUUGAAGAGGGAACAGAUGUGGUUAUAAAGAUGCUUCAGGCUUCAAAACAUUUGUUGAAAGAGGAGAAAUUGAUACACAGCUAUCCCUAUGACUGGAGGACUAAGAAACCAGUGGUUAUUCGUGCCAGCAAGCAGUGGUUUGUAAAUAUCACGGAUAUCAAGGCUACAGCCAAGGAAUUGUUAAAAAAAGUGAAAUUUAUUCCUGGAUCAGCACUGAAUGCCAUGGUUGAAACGAUGGACAGACGGCCGUAUUGGUGUAUAUCAAGGCAAAGAGUUUGGGGUGUUCCAAUCCCUGUGUUUCAUCACAAGACAAAAGAUGAAUUCUUGAUCAACAGCCAAACCACAGAGCAUGUUAUUAAACUAGUGGAACAACAUGGCAGCGAUGUCUGGUGGACUCAUCCCCCUGAGCAGCUUCUUCCUCAGGAAGUCUUAUCGCAGGUCGGUGGUCCUGAUGCCUUGGAGUAUGUGCCUGGUCAGGAUAUCUUGGACAUCUGGUUCGAUAGUGGAACUUCAUGGUCUUGUGUUCUUCCAGGUACUGACCAAAGAGCAGAUUUGUACUUGGAAGGAAAAGAUCAGCUUGGUGGUUGGUUCCAGUCUUCUUUAUUAACAAGUGUGGCAACAAGGAGAAAAGCACCUUUUAAGACAGUGGUUGUUCAUGGCUUUACCCUUGGAGAAAAGGGAGAAAAGAUGUCCAAGUCUCUUGGGAAUGUCAUUGAUCCUGAUGUGGUCAUCAAUGGAGGACAAGAUCAAAGCAAAGAGCCUCCCUAUGGUGCUGAUGUCCUUCGCUGGUGGGUGGCCGAGUCCAACGUCUUCACUGAAGUGACCAUUGGUCCAGCUGCACUUAAUGCUGCCAGAGAUGAUAUUAACAAGCUUAGGAAUACACUCCGCUUUCUUUUGGGAAAUGUCAGUGGUUUCAACCCAGAAACAGAUGCCAUUCCUGUUAACGAUAUGUAUGUCAUAGACCAGUACAUGCUACACUUACUGCAGGAUUUAGCAAACAAGAUUACCGAUUCAUACAAACAGUAUGAUUUUGGAAAAGUUGUUCGACUGUUACGAGCAUUUUAUACCAGAGAACUCUCCAACUUUUAUUUCAGCAUAAUCAAAGACAGGCUCUACUGUGAAAGCGCCGGCGACCCCGGACGGCGCUCCUGCCAGACCGCCCUGGCUGAAAUCUUGGACGUGAUGGUUCGUUCUUUUGCUCCCAUUCUUCCUCACCUGGCUGAGGAAGCGUUCCAGCACAUACCUUACGUCAAAGAACCCAAGAGUGUUUUUCGUACUGGGUGGAUUCGAACAAGUUCUAUCUGGAAGAAGCCAGGAUUAGAGGAAGCAAUAGAGGGCGCCUGUGCAAUGAGAGAUUCAUUUCUUGGAAGCAUCCCUGGUAAAAAUGCCGCCGAGUACAAGGUUACCAUUGUGAUAGAGCCCGGGCUGCUUUUUGAGAUAAUAGAGAUGCUACAAGCUGAGGAGACUUCCAGCACCUCUCAGUUGAAUGAAUUAAUGAUGGCUUCCCAGACGACUUUACUCCCUGAGGAACCACGAACACUAACGACAGAUGUGAUUGAGCGCAAAGGGACGUUUCUGAUCAAUUUAGAAGGUGGGGAUAUUCGUGAAGAGUCUUCCUAUAAAGUAAUCGUCAUGCCGACCACCAAAGAAAAAUGCCCCCGUUGUUGGAAGUACACCGCCGACUCUUCAGACGCGCUCUGCCCCCGGUGCACGCAAGUCGUCGCUGGAAGGGAAUAGGUCACGCUGCUGCUCACGGUGGAGCGUUCACGGCACCGGCCAGAAACCCAAGAUUUAGGUAAUGAGUGGGAGAGGAGAUGGUAGAGGAGAAGGGGCAGAUUCAGAACUGGAGGUCUGUCCUGUGUUGGAUAAAAAGUAAUGUGUAUGUAUAUACACACAUGCAGAAAAAUAGUAUGAAGAUGGAUCUGGACGCAUCCAUAAAGGAUUUAUUCAGAACAGAGACACUGAGUGUUUGCCUUCAGAGGCGGCUGACCGGAAAAUGUUUUAUAUUUUAUAAAUCUUCUUGACUCAGGAUUUAAGUUCUCUAAUGUCUCAAAAUAAAGGCAUCUGGAAAAUUA